UAAUUUUCCUUCAUGGAUUUCACGCUGCACAGUUCCUGUGGCUCUGGGGAAAUGUUUUGUUUAAAAUGGCGAAACGGUUGCAUCAGCGUCUCUUUUCACGCUCGGCACGACUCUGUCUGGUAUCGAUCAGUUGCCAAAGAGAACGGCCUGGUUGGUCCCAGGACUGGGACACAGGUCAGGGCUAUUUUGAGAAGAGUCUGAUCUGUAAAUAGUUAUAUUAUUGACCUCUGGACAUGCAGGGAAAGGGUUGCAGUUAGAUCAGAGGGGGGGGGAAGUGCUUCUUGCUGGCAAGGAUCCGUGCCAAUCAUGCUUACUGUGACUGACAACCGUCUGGUCUUGCUGCUUAAAUUGCCACCAGAGAGGCUGGGACUUCUGAGUUCUCUCUGCUACCAGCUUCUGGUAAUUCCUCAUUGAGUCCAUCAGAAACCAGCCAGCUCCAAGCUCCCGAAAAGCCUCCCAGCAGCCAUGGAAGGGUACUUCUCUGCCGUCCGCAAAAUGGAGCAGACUGUGAUGUUCCCCAGCCUCCUCCGAGAGGUCUCUUUGGACGAGCACGAGAGUGGACGGGAAGCGGAGUUGGGCGACAAAGACCUCUACGACUAUUUCUCUCUGCUCAAGAACAUCAAGCAGACGGUGGAAGGAGGCCUCUUGGCUCUGGACACGCAGAACUCACACUUGUCUACUGGCCUGAGAGAACAGGAGGGCCAAAAGGAGGCAGAUCUCGAAGGACUCUUUUAUUACCACGUCUCGGGCUUGUGUCGGGUUCUCACGCAGCUCACCGAGGGGGCCAAGACGGUGACUUCCAGGUAUAACCAGAUCAUGGGGCAGAUCAACCACAGCAACAUGUCUCUCGGCUGGUGAGAAAUUCGAAAGGGCUAUUGCAGCUAUGUUUCUCGAGCACCUCCUUGAAUGGAUUCUUAGAAGAACCUGAGGGUGCGGCUGACACUGAGAGGUCUACGUAGCUUGCCUGCCAAACAGGGUUGUAUCAACAGCAACGAUAACUGGGACACUUUGUGCACAGACUUUGAUGGAUAAAAUGGAGCUGCCGCUGGUGGGGCUCCUUUUUUCUUUCUGAUGUUACUUGCAUUUGAAAAUCACUGUAAUUUAUAAAAGAAUUAAUGCUUUUUGUACCUUCAAGCAUAUUAUUAACAGUGGGUUAUGGGCCCAGAGAACUAAUAAAAGACUUUGUUUUUUUAAGGAA